UUCUACAUUCUCACAUUUGGUUUCUUUUCUUCUACGAGGUCUAUCAGCCUCGUAGAAAUUAGAAACCUAAAAUUCUAUUUUCAAAAAAUUUAUUCUUCUUUUCAUUUCUUUUUCUUUUUUCAAAUCUAUGUAUGGUGCUCAAUUUUUUUUAUAAAUAGGAGCUUGAAAUCUACAUAAAUCCAUCACUUGCUUCACUAUUUGCUAUAUAUAUUGAUAUUUCUUCAUAUAGUUGAACACAUUACUAUAGUUAUUAUUUUUAUUAUAUAGUUUUAGAUCUAAUGGGGGUACAUUCUCCAGUUGUAGCCAAAAGACUAUGGAAUGUGUUGAGAAUCACAUUCUUUAUGAUGAGGAAGGGUCUUAUAUCAAAGAGGAAAAUGAUAAUGGACAUGAAUUUGAUGAUGAAAAAAGGGAAAUUGCUCAGAAAAAGUUUGAGCAAUCUCAUGUCAUCAAAAAAUGUGACACAACGUAAUGGUGGUUUUAUGGUACAUGAUUAUGAAUUCUCUUGUAGUAAUAGCCCAAAUCCUGUUUUUUUCAACAUGCCCAAAAGGAAGCACCAUUUCAAUUUCCCUUGCAUCAAUUCUCCAGAUGUUAUCGAAGAGGAAACUUUACCUUAUCAUCAAUAUCAAUUGUCACAAAUUGAAAGUGAUAAUAUUAAUGUGACUAAGGGUAAUGUUGCUAUGGGGCCUAAGACACCAGAAUACACAUUCAAUUUCAGGUUUGAUGCAUCUGAGUUUGGUGUUGGAGAGGAAAAAAGUCCACUUCUCUCACCCUUUUCAGUAAGGGUAUCCAAUUACUCUGCUUUGGAGGAAAUUGAAGAAGUUGGAAAUUGUCAAGUUGAUGAUGAGGCUGAGAAUUUCAUUAGAAAGUUCUAUGAACAGCUGAGGACUCAAAACCGUUUGCAAUUACCCGGGUUUUAAAAAAAAAAGGUUUGCGGCUGCAAUUUGAAUAGUGAUAUCAAGGAUUGCAACAUCAGCUAGCUGCAUUGAAUCGCGGAUUGUAAUCUCAUCACAAUUAUUAUGAUUGUCGAUUUAAAACUUUGGAAAAUUGGUAAUUACUAUAUUGCCAAGUGAUGUAAAGAAAUAAGAAAGAUAUAUAAAGAUCCAAUUUUUACAAUGCUGAUGAUUGAUCUAGUUCUUGUAUAGUACUUUACAAAUAUGUUCUCUAAAA